GCGUUGCUAAGGAAGGGCGAGGUUUGGUUGAACCGGGCUACCAGCGGCAGUGUACCGAGACAAGCAGGUGAAACGUCGGUGUAGGAUUACUUUCCACUGACGGACGUUAAAUUUUAUAAACCGACGCGUAUAUAUUUGGAACUCAUAUAUCUGGUGUGAUUUCGCCCCCUCCUGAUCGUGAUUACGGAUAGGCCGAACUCUGCUAAUUUUGUUGAACAGGAGGAGGCUGAGUCAUGAAUAAGCUACGGCAGAGCUUCCGCCGCAAGAAAGACGUGUACGUGCCCGAGUCCAGCAGACCACACCAGUGGCAGACCGACGAGGAGGCAGUGCGCAGCGGCAAGUGUAGCUUCCAAGUCAAGUAUCUAGGCCAUGUGGAGGUGGAGGAGUCUCGAGGCAUGCAUAUCUGUGAAGAUGCAGUGAAGAGGCUGAAGACGGAAAGAAAGUUCUUCAAGGGCUUCUUUACCAAAGCAGGGAAGAAAGCAGUCAGGGCUGUGCUGUGGGUUUCUGCUGAUGGCCUGAGGGUCGUUGAUGACAAGACCAAGGAUCUGAUUCUCGACCAGACAAUAGAGAAGGUUUCGUUUUGUGCUCCUGACCGGAACUUUGAAAGGGCGUUCUCUUACAUCUGUAGAGAUGGCACUACUCGCCGCUGGAUCUGCCACUGCUUCAUGGCCAUCAAAGAUUCAGGUGAGCGUCUGAGCCAUGCAGUGGGCUGUGCGUUCGCAGCGUGCCUGGAGCGGAAACAGAAGAGAGAGAAGGAAUGUGGGGUCACGGCCACUUUCGACGCCAACCGCACCACGUUUACGCGGGAAGGCUCCUUCCGUGUUACCACAGCAACAGAACAGGCUGAACGAGAGGAAGUCAUGCGGCAGUUACAAGAUGCCAAGAAAGACUCUGAGGUUGUCUCCGGGGUCACAGCAGGUAGCACAGCCAACACAGCUGCUGCCUCCUCUCCCUCGUCCUCCCCUCCUCAGCCCAUGGCCACACUGGCACCUCAGGAAGCCAAUCCCCAUGCAAUCCCUCGCCGGCACGCCCCUGUAGAUGUGCUAGCACGGCAAGGCUCGUUCCGCGGCUUCCCGGCUCUCAGCCAGAAGACGUCACCUUUCAAGCGGCAGAUGUCGCUGCGCAUGAAUGACCUCCCCUCCACUAUGCAGCGCAAAUCUGACUUCCCAAUGAAAAACACAGUGGCAGAGGUAGAAGGUGAAGGAGAUAGCAUCAGUGCUCUGUGCACUCAGAUCACAUCAGCAUUCAGUGGCCCCACAGAGGACCCCUUUUCCUUGGUUCCCAUGCCCAAACCUGCCUCCUCCCCACAAUCCCCUGCUGCACAAGGUCAGCCCCAUAUAUACUCCUAUUCACUCACAAUUCAACAGGAGUGCUCUUUUAACAUGUCUCCUUUGAUACUUUUCUUGCUGCUUAUACAUUUUUUGUUUAUGGGUUUAAUUCCCAUGUUUGCUGCUUUAGUGAACGGCUCUGCUCCUGCCUUCCUGGCUCCUCCUGUCAGCGCUGCUGCUGCUGCUGCUGCUGCUGCUGUUAUCCCUCCCACACUACCACCGCCUCUGCCUGCCAGAGAUACUAACCCCUGGGCCAAGGUCCCCACUGCACCCCCGGCUCCAGCACAUCCAGGAGGUGACUGGCCCAGUCCUACCCCUGCAGCAAUGGCUCCACUUGCAGCAGCACCCAAUGUCUCCCAUAAGCGCACACCAUCUGAGGCAGACCGAUGGUUGGAAGAGGUGUCUAAAUCUGUACGAGCGCAACCACCUGUAGCCAGAACCGCUACUCCUCCCAUUCAGCAGCCCUUUCCCACACCUGUCCCCGUGGCUCCUGUGGCCUUCAUGCCUGCCAUGCCCUCUGCAGUGCCCACCCUACACCAGCCUUCCUUCCACGCUCAGGCACCAGCCUCUUACCCAAUGUCCAACGGGCUCCCCUACGCCCAGCCAAGUGUACCUGUAGUGGGCAUCACACCUUCUCAGAUGGUGGCCAACGUUUUUGGUUCUGCUACGCAGACCCAGCCAGUACCGAUUCCUGUGCCCAUUCCUCAAACACAACUGCAGCCCUCACCGUUUUCUACUCCGCCGAUGGCACAAUUGGAUCCCCGAGGAGUUAGUGGACCCUUUGGCAAACCUCCUGCACCCCCACCAGCAAAUCCCACAGCGUUUCAGCCACCCAACGGAAACGCUAUAUUAAAUGGCACUGAUAGCUGGGCUGUGCCUCCUCUGCCAGCGGAGCACCCAGCUGAUGCUUUUGAGGCCCAGUGGGCAGCGCUAGAGAACCGCUCACACCAACGCACCAACCCCUCUCCUACAAAUCCAUUUUCCAGCGAGCUUCACAAGACCUUUGAGAUCCAACUGUAAACACAUACUUAUGGGGUUGGAAAGAGACCAAAACUAGCAUGAACACAUGAAGGAGAUGCGUGAAGGGUGGUGAGGACAUUAAACGAGAGGGCACCGCUUUGACAUGCACACCACAUUAGCCCAAUAUCUAUCUCUCUGUCUUGUUCCCUUGCUUUCUGUCAGAAUAUCUGUAGUGUUAACUGUGAGCUGGGCAGAGGGCACAGGAGCGUAAGCUACUUCAGUGCAGUUUGGAGGCAAUGAAAUUUUGGUCAUGCUCAACUACUAUUCUCAUUCUGUUUCUCGUGAAGUUGUGUCCAUAUUUCAGGUGGACUUGGGUAAAGAGGCAACUCUGCCUCUGGGCCUUAAUAAACAGACUUACAUUUGUAUCCUCGCCAUACAGUUCUACAUCUUUAUUAUCUCAGUCCUGCCUCUGUGCCCAACAGUCCCACUCCCAGUCCCCUCUAACCAGAGGGGCGAACGACUACUCCUCCCAUCAAAAUGACAGAAGGACUAUGCUUCCAGAUUUGAGAAGUUUUCACAAACUUCCUAAUCGGAAGAUGAAGAGAUGAGAGAAUGCCAAAAUCUUUAUUUUUAUGCAUUAAGUAUAUUUUAAAUAGCUUUGAAAUAUAACAGAGAAGUUGAUCGUAAUCUCACCAAAGGUGCAGGCUAGAUACAAUGGAAAUGAUUUUGUGUGUAUACAGCAAAUGGGCAUUUAUUAUAUAGAUAUAUCUAUAGAAAUUGAAAAAGAUAUAUUAAUUAUACAUAUUGAGCUCAAACCAUAACUUUUACAUGUUCUAUAAAGCCAGAGAGAAGGGAUGGAUAUUUGAUUUUAUUUUUUAUUAUUGCGAUGCACCGCGUCCUAUUUUGGAUGUGUAUUCCUCUGUAAAUAAUGAAUCAUUGCAGCUACAAUCAUUUUGGUCUUAGUGAUGGGAUGGGGAAUUUACCAUUGCUUUCACUCUUGCUCUGUCAUUUUCUUUUGUACUUCAGUACUGUACUUUUUUUUUUUUUUUUUUUGCUCCCCCCCUCCCACUGCCUAUAUCUUAAUGAAUGUUUUAGGGCUUUGGGGGACUUUUAAGAUGAAUUCUAACACUAUUUACUGUCAAUCAUCAGCCACUUGUUUUUAUUUUAUUUUUUAAUGAAGAUGUUUAUUUUAUAUUGCACAAGCACUAUACUGGGUGGUUGGGUUAUACAGGUGAGAUGGGUCAGCUAGCUCCAUUGCAGAAACCUGAGGUUUAGUAAUAAUCUUCCCUCAAUUGAGCUGAUUGAAUGAUUUUAAAUACUGGCUGCAGUGAGAGGUAGUCGAGACAUUAUUAAAGUGUCUGCUAUUUUUGCCCAGCUCUGUUUUAUCAAACCUGUGAAAGCCGUUGGUUCAUUGUUUUAUUUUUUUAUUUUUUCCCCCCUCAUUUUGUAAGUAUUUCAUUAUUUUAUUCCACUUCUGUCUGAAGAAUUAGAUCUAAAAGAUUGAAUAAAAUGAUGGUGGUAGAG